AUGUAUGGCUAAGUUUACGUUUUCGCGGUAUUCAGCAAUUUUUAAUUAAUCUAAAUGAGCAUAUUUUAGUUUCAGUUAUUAAAUAAGUAUUUAAUAAUUGACUGUUAUGAAUGAUUGUGCCCAGUCUAAAUUACCAUUACUUUUCGAAAGAAUUUUGAACCAAAUAGAAGAAAGAGUAAAUAAAACUGAUAAUAAAGAAAUUACAGACGAAGAACUGCUAUCUUUGCAUUCUCUAUUUGGCGGAGUGUUACAAAGGGCUUUGGACAUUUUAGAAAAACAUCCAACUUUUGUUACGUACUCCACUGCAAAUAAAACAAGACAACUUAUAGAAAUUAAAGGCGAAAACGACAGAUGUUACCGAGUAUUUCCUCGUAUUAACUUCUGUCCAUGUCUAGCAUUUAAACAUCAAGUAUUGGAAAAGAAAACUCAGAUAUCUUGUAAACACAUAUUGGCUGCCAGAAUUCAACAGAUAUUUGGUAAAACUGUGAACCACGAAAUAACUAAUGAUCAAUACUUAAUGUUAGUUAAGUCAAUGUUUGAUUUAGAAGAUGAGAAUGGAUGAAGGUACAUCUCAAUAUUAUUUCACUGCUUCAAUGGAGUCUGGGAAAAUAUUAUGUAGUUUGUUAAAGGCAAUACAAUUC